CGUCCGCGCCAGGAGGGAGCCCCCGGCGCCACCAUGGGCGACGUCUCCGUGGUCAAGGAGGGCUGGCUGCACAAGAGAGGAGAAUACAUCAAAACGUGGCGGCCCCGGUACUUCUUGCUGAAAAGCGACGGCUCCUUCAUCGGCUACAAGGAGCGGCCCGAGGCGGCCGAGCAGAGCUUGCCGCCGCUCAACAACUUCUCGGUGGCGGAGUGCCAGCUGAUGAAGACGGAGCGGCCCCGGCCCAACACUUUUGUCAUCCGGUGCUUGCAGUGGACGACGGUCAUCGAGAGGACUUUCCACGUGGACUCUCCUGAGGAGCGGGAAGAAUGGAUGCGCGCCAUCCAGACGGUAGCAAACAGCCUGAAGAACCAGGAGCCGGCGGUGGACGCGAUGGAUUUUAAGUGCGGCUCCCCGAGUGACAGUGCAGGGGCGGAGGAGAUGGAGGUGGCAGUGAGCAAAACGCGCGCCAAAGCGACUAUGAACGAUUUUGACUACCUGAAGCUCCUGGGGAAAGGCACCUUCGGCAAAGUCAUCCUCGUGCGGGAGAAGGCCACCGGGCGCUACUACGCCAUGAAGAUCCUGCGGAAAGAAGUCAUCAUUGCGAAAGAUGAGGUGGCGCACACGGUCACGGAGAGCAGGGUGCUGCAGAACACCCGGCACCCGUUCCUGACAGCACUGAAAUACGCCUUCCAGACCAACGACCGCCUCUGCUUCGUCAUGGAAUACGCUAACGGCGGCGAGCUCUUUUUCCACCUCUCUCGAGAGCGGGUGUUCACGGAGGACCGGGCCCGGUUCUACGGAGCGGAAAUAGUGUCUGCUCUGGAGUAUCUGCACUCCAGGGACGUCGUGUACAGGGACAUAAAGCUCGAAAACCUCAUGCUGGACAAGGACGGUCACAUCAAGAUCACGGACUUUGGGCUCUGCAAGGAGGGCAUCACGGACGGCGCCACCAUGAAGACCUUCUGUGGCACCCCGGAGUACCUGGCGCCAGAGGUCCUCGAGGACAACGAUUACGGCCGCGCCGUGGACUGGUGGGGCCUGGGUGUCGUCAUGUACGAGAUGAUGUGCGGGCGCCUGCCCUUCUACAACCAGGACCACGAGCGCCUCUUCGAGCUCAUCCUCAUGGAGGAGAUCCGCUUUCCGCGCACACUCAGCCCCGAGGCCAAGUCCCUGCUCGCGGGGCUGCUCAAGAAGGACCCGAAGCAGAGGCUCGGAGGAGGUCCCAGCGAUGCCAAGGAGGUGAUGGAGCAUCGCUUCUUCGCCGCCAUCAACUGGCAGGACGUGGUUCAGAAAAAGCUGGUGCCUCCCUUCAAGCCGCAAGUGACGUCGGAAAUCGAUACGCGCUACUUCGACGACGAGUUCACGGCCCAGUCCAUCACCAUCACCCCGCCGGAUCGCUAUGACAACCUGGGCUCGCUGGAGAGCGACCAGCGCACGCACUUCCCACAGUUCUCCUACUCCGCCAGCAUCCGGGAGUAACGGGCGCCGCUCCGCCGGCGGCGCGAGGAGGGGAUGGGCUCGUGCUUUGGUCACCCGGAGCGCGCGGGGGACGCGGCGCUGCCGCCACGGACGCGCCGCACUUUGUCCCUUGCCUAGGACUGCUUUUUAUUUUAUUUUAUUACUGUAUUUCAUUUUUUUUGUAAAUCCUGGCCGUGCUCGCAGCUUUUUGAAUGACCGACC